AAGUAGAUAAGAACUUGCAGUUAGGUCUAGUUCAUUUAGUUUAAAUUUUAUCUCGUGGCGUAAACACAGCUUCCUAUUACUGAUGGAUAACUUCGCAGUACUUCUGUACGAACCAAAUGAUCUCAGAAUUGAAAAAAUUCCAGUUCCAGCCAUAGACAACAAUGAAGUGCUCAUAAAGAUAGAAUGUGUGGGCAUCUGUGGUUCAGAUCUGAAGAUGUAUUCUACGGGUCGGUGCGGGCUCGAGGUCGUCACCAAGGCAACGGUUAUGGGACACGAAGGAGCAGGAACUGUGCUCCAAGUGGGUAAAAAUGUGAAGAAUGUAAGAAUAGGCGACCGAGUGGCCAUCGAGCCGACUCAGCCGUGCCGCGCUUGCGAGUUCUGUCGCGGCGGUCGGUACAACGUGUGCGUACAGCCGCGCUAUUGCUCCGUCGACGGCGCCGCGGGAAACCUCAGCACCUACUACAAGCACGUCGCGGACUUCUGCCACAAAAUACCAGACAACGUGAGUAUGGAAGAAGGGGCGGCAGUGCAGCCGCUGGCGAUCGCGAUUCACGCGUGUAACCGCGCCGGCAUCAGACUGGGCAGCACUGUGGCCAUCAUGGGCGCGGGCCCUAUUGGAGUACUCUGUGCUAUGACAGCCAGAGCCAUGGGGGCCACCACAAUAUUGAUAACAGAUGUAGUGGAGUCCCGUUUGAAAACAGCUGGGGAACUUGGCGUCGACCACACCCUCUUGCUAAAGAAAGAAGACACGGACAAACAGAUUGUCGAUAAUAUAUUAAACAUUCUCGGCGUGAACCCCAAUAUUACAAUCGACGCUUGUGGCUUCGCAUCUGCACAGCGAGUAGCAAUGAUGGUGACGCGCACGGGCGGAACUGUGCUGGUGGUUGGCAUCGGAGGGGAGACCGUGGAGGUGCCGCUGACUGGAGCUCUCCUGCGGGAAGUCAACAUUAUCGGCGCCUACAGACUGCUCAACUCGUACCCUGCAGCAAUAUCCGCAGUCUCAACGGGGGCCGUCGACCUGAAGUCCUUCAUCACCCACCACUUCCCGCUAGAGAAGGCCAAAGACGCCUUCGAGCUGGCCAAAUCUGGCGAAGCGAUGAAGAUCAUUAUACAUGUCGAUAGUGAAAAUAAAUAAUAAAUGAGUAUAUUUUAGGUUAUCAUAUUAUGUGAAUGAC